UCAUGGGGAUGCAUAGGGGUGCGAGUCUCUCAUGAUUUUUGUACGGGGGCCUUGUCACAUUGCUGCUGUCUCCAUCGCCACCACUCUUUAUUUGCCAUGUGCCACUUUCAGGUCUUUCCACUUCACACUGCUGGUAAUGUGCAUGGGUGGCUGGCAGAUUAUCGGGCCUCUCAUAGUGCUGCUGCCCAGGGCCCGUUAAUCUUGCCAUGGGCCCCUGUACCGUACCCUCCUCUAUGCUGCUGCCAGGUCCAGAGUCUGCUCAUGGGUCCCUGUACGGUCCUCCCAUUGCUGCUGUCUGACCAUCGCCUCACAGCUCUGCCAUGUGCCACUUUCAGGUCUCCUCACAAUGCUGGUGGGUUCCCAUUUUUU